UCAAUGGCUCCUAGUUUUGAAGAUGGAAAAUCACUAUUCAACUUUGUUGUUCGAGAUGGCAAUGGUGUGAAGGGCAUGGUGGACUUAGGCUUGUCCAAAGUCCCUGAGCAAUACAUACAACCACCACAUGAGCGCAUAGUGAAGCUGAAUAGAUCAGUUCAUGAGCUACCACCAAUUGAUUUGUCAAAGCUGGAUGGACCUGAUCACGACCAAGUGGCAAAUGACAUUGCCAAUGCUGCUGAGGUUCUUGGGUUCUUCCAAGUUUUGAACCAUGCCAUACCUCUCGAGUUGCUAGAAUCCCUUAAAAGUUCUGCUAAUGAUUUCUUCGGACAAGCGCCUGAGAAGAAGGCUGCGUAUAGGAAAGGUGUGAGCCCUAGCCCGCACGUAAAGUAUGGGACGAGCUUUGUGCCAGAGAAGGAGAAGGCACUGGAGUGGAAGGACUAUCUGAGCAUGGUGUAUACUAGUGAUGCUGAUGCUCUCAGUUAUUGGCCCAAUGAAUGCAAGGACGUUGCACUCGAGUAUCUGAAAACCUCAACAGAUAUGGUAAAGAAAAUAGUGAAAGUUUUGAUAGCAAAGCUUGGAGUGACACUAGAAGACUCAAAACUUGAGGCACUCAUUGGGUUAAGGAUGGUUAACAUGAAUUAUUACCCAACAUGCCCUGAUCCUGACCUCACUGUUGGUGUCGGGCGUCACUCAGACAUGGGCACCUUAACUGUGUUGCUGCAAGAUGGAAUUGGAGGUUUGUAUGUGAAACUUGAAGAAGACAUGGAUGGUGGAAAGAAAGGAGAAUGGAUUGAGAUCACUCCUGUCCCUGGUGCUCUGGUCAUCAACAUUGGUGAUACGUUACAGAUACUUAGUAAUGGAAGGUACAAAAGUGCUGAACACAGAGUGCGAACUACAAGCAGCCAAUCAAGAGUAUCUGUCCCAAUAUUUACCAUCCCAAAGGCAACAGAAAGAAUUGGGCCAUUGCCUGAGGUGGUGGAGAGCGAUGGAGUUGCUCGCUACCGUGAGGUGGUGUUUGAGGAUUAUAUGAACAACUUUUUUAGCAAUGCGCAUGACGGGAAGAAGUCUCUUGAUUACGCCACUACUUGAUCUGCAAAAGAUAUCCAGUAAUUUCAAACCAAAUAAGUUACUAUGUGCAACUUUAAAUUAAGUUUGCUCCCUUGAUCCAUGUAAUAAGGAGGGGUUGUAUUUCUCUUUGUACUUUCACU